AAGAGCCACAGCUGCGAUAAAUGCGGCAAAUCAUUUGCGAGGAAGGACAUGCUGAAGGAGCACCUCAGGGUUCACGAUGACAUCCGGGACUUCCUGUGUGCAGAGUGCGGGAAAGGCAUGAAGACCAAACACGCUCUGCGGCACCACAUGAAGCUUCACAAGGGCAUCAAAGAGUACGAGUGUAAGGAGUGUAACCGCAAGUUUGCCCAAAAAGUCAACAUGCUGAAACACUACAAGAGACACACAGGUAUAAAGGACUUCAUGUGCGAGCUGUGUGGAAAGACGUUCAGCGAGAGGACGACUCUGGAAACACACAAGCUCAUUCACACAGGCGAGUGUCUCCGUGUGCUGCACACCGACUGUUACACAACGGUUAAAAGCUGA